AUGCAGGUCACAAGAACUGUAGUUUUAUUAUUACAAUAUAUAUUAGUCCACAGUGGGUAUCCCCCGACUGGCGAUGAAAUCGUUCCGGGAAGCGUCUUGUUACCGGCCACGAGGCGUGGCAGAUAUCUCGCCAACAUCGAUGGAACCGGAAUCAAAUUCAACAAAGACGCUGACCGGAUGAACGCAGAAGCUAAGAAGAAGGUGGACGUCCUUUCAGAGGAGCUGUUACCCUACAUCAUAGCGGAACAGGAGCGACGCACCACUUUGUAUAAGCGUAUUAUGACAGCCAUACAAAAUGGCGAGAAAGGAGUAACCAUAGCGGAGAUUAGGAACAAACCCCCGCUCAUCAUUCGAAAGGGUAUGCUCUACCGCUGUCCAUCAAACCGGGCCCCAAAGGAGCCAGAUGGGUCUGGAAUUCUGAUGUGCGAAGAAGACAUAGAGCCAAGCCAAGUGAUGUACGACUCGUGUCUCAGCGCAGAGGAUAAGGAGCUCUAUGUCGCUGAGAAUAAAUACUUCUUCUGCAAUCGGCACAAAAUCGAAGGUCCCGACCUACCACGAAACGGCUCUACAGUCAUCGGUUGUGCUCCAAUAGAGAGAACUUCACUCAACUACACCAGCCUCAAAUGCGCUCUCGAAGACACGGACGACGUGGUGGUGCAUUACAGAUAUUAUCCUGACAGGACCUACAAGUUCGUGACAGAGCUAGACCCGGACAGGGAAGUUUGUGACCAUUGGAAUCCUUGUCAGAUUGGUUACAUCUAUAGUCUGCCGACACCUGAUCAGGCCCUACUAGCGAACGAACUGUGGAAGGAUAGCUUAGAGGAAUUCGUGUCGCCGUUGUCCACGGAUUACGCGACGAGUCCGCGUCGCAUACCUGUACCAGAAGGAUACGAGCUAAAGAGUGUCAAACGAAAACGACCACACAGCAACCAACUGGAAGACCUGAACGACCUGUCUUCGCCAACUUACACAGUACAGCCAUCACCAGACAAGAAACACGUGACUAUCACUCUCUCUUUUUCUCCUUUCCACAAGAGUAAGGACUACGGGGAAUAUUUUGCACAAUUCGGCCCGACCGGACGAAGAACGAACAAGGACAGAUAUAUUAAAUUGGUUGUGUUACUGGGCAGUAUGACAACCAUAUCAUAUCGGUCAAUCGAGUUACUGCAAGGGCAGAGAGCUAACACCACCGCCAUAUCUUUCAAAUGCAAUAGAUGUCGUCUUUUGAAUCUGAUCGUUAGAGCUGCGGACUGCAACAUAUAUAAUCUAGACAGUUCCAGAUACAGGCUAAGGGAAUACAGAGAUAAGGAAGGGAAACCGAAACAGAUGUUAGAAAUCGAAGUGGAAGGAUUGAAGGCACAGGACUUCGGUGAUUAUUUCGCUGUUAUACAAAAUGGCGAAGGCUUAGAAGAGAGAGUUAAAGUAUUAAGCGUUCUUACGAUAACGACGCAACGCCUCACCGCGUCGUUCGACGUCGGCGGCCAUUUUGACAGAACCAUGAACUUCACUUGCGAAGAGUGUACUGUGACAGACAUUCUGUGUAAUGGCGAAAGUGUCUUGUCUGCUGGCAGGGUGUCUGUCAUACACGUCACUAAAAUGAUUAGCUUCAACUUUCCGAGAUUCGAAGACAACCACGCUUGCGUAUACAUGGGUUUCUUCAAAGAGAAGACAAAGUUCAUCAAAAAAGUCUUAGCCGUUAUCGACACUGUAACAAUACCAGAAGUAGUGAAUAUACAAGCUCCCAAAAUAGGUGAACAGUUUCAACAAGAGAUUCCGUUCAGCUGCGAAGAGUGUGUCGUCGAUAAGGUUUUCGUAAACGGAAUUCCCUUGGAAACUUCGCUUAGGAGAAAUUCUGUUGGAUCUAUAGCUAUCUUCACUGCUACAUCAACGGAAAUUACGGUCAGCAUAACAGAGUACUCUCCCACGUACGAAGGAGUGUACCAGGCUGUUUUCACUACAGCAUCAGAGACAGUUACGAAAACUAUUAUGGAGAUACGAGAUGAAGAUGAUGAACCAACUCAAGCUGCGGAAGAGACCACUGAAGCUGGGCCACCAUUACCAGAAGAUGAAGCAACAGACCACACGACAGGGGCCAGUAGUGCAAGAACAGGUAGUGUCAGUAGCGCAAGUAUCGCAAGUACUCCAAGCGAUGUCACUGUUGCUGCGACUACAGUUGGAACUACAGCUGGAAAAACCGCUAGAACAACAGCUGAAGCCGCUGCUUAA